AUGGAAAUUGAAGCAGAUGAAUCAUUUAAGCAGGCCGGAGCUAUUCCGUUCAAAUGGGAAAUCCGACCCGGAGUACCCAAGCUUCAACAUUCACAAGAAGUAGCCGAGAACAAUCGGAGCCGUCCAAAUCCAGAAACACCACGUAGGCUGAAACCUCCACCGGCGGCUGAUUUCAAUUUCCAACAACCAAUUGAGGAGCCCCGAACCCGAUCCUUCCGGUCAGCUCCACGGGCACGAUCAGAUAGGCAUGUUUUGAAUCUAUUGACCCGACCCGCUGUGGGAGUUGCCUCAGAUUGGUGCUUGUCGGAUCUAGAGACAGUUUCUCGAUGGUCAGUGUCUAGCCGGAAGUCAAUUUCUCCUUUUCAUGAUUCACUUUUCUCUUCGUUUUCAUCACGUGAGUCGUCGCCGCCUCAACGACCAGUGAGCGAUGUUGAUUGGGUUGGCUUUGCUCUGUUUUAG